AUGCCUGUCAGUCAGGCUGGCGACGGUAUAAAUGCCCUGCUGGCCCACAAGAGCGCAGAACAGUCUUCUUACCUUCUCCCUGUUGGAACUACGCUCACGAGCGGACGGUCGUCUGAAAUGGGAUUCUGCAACUUACUUGUGUCACUUCUGCUAUCUAUGUGUGGACACGCGCUGUCCACAAGUGCUUGGUCCGUGAAUAAUUUCCUCAUGACGGGUCCUAAGGCUUACUUGACUUAUGCAGGCAACGUCCAGGUGGGCGCGCGCAAAGGAAUUGAGGAAUGUAAGCAUCAGUUCGCGUGGGACAGGUGGAACUGUCCCGAGAGCGCGCUGCAGCUCUCCACGAACAGCGGAGCGCGAGACGCCACGAGAGAGGCUGCAUUUGUGAACGCCAUCAGUGCGGCGGGGGUGAUGCACGCGCUUACCAAGAACUGCAGCAUGGGCGAGCUGAGCCACUGCGGAUGCGACGACUCCAACGUCGGUAAAAUGGGCGGCCGCGGGUGGAUGUGGGGCGGGUGCAGCGAUAACGUGGACUUCGGGGAGAAAAUCUCCAAGCAGUUCGUGGACGCGCUGGAGAACGGUCAGGACGCACGCGCUGCAGUGAACCUUCACAACAAUGAGGCCGGUCGACUCGCGGUGCGUACGACUAUGAAGCGCGCGUGCAAGUGCCAUGGCGUGUCGGGCAGCUGCAGCAUGCAGACGUGUUGGAUGCAGCUCGCAGAUUUCCGAGAUGUGGGAAACUACCUGAAGGUGAAACAUGACCAGGCGCAAAUGCUCGAGAUGGACAAGAGGCGCGUGCGCGCCGGAAACAACGCUGACAACCGCGGUGCGCUGGCGGACGCAUUUAGUAGCAUCGCGCCGACUGAUCUCAUCUACCUCGAGGACUCUCCAGACUACUGCGCGCGGAACCUGAGCCUCGGGCUGCAUGGUACCGAGGGGCGCGAGUGCUUGCAGAACGGUGACAGUCAUUCCCAAUGGGAGCGACGCAGCUGCCGACGCCUCUGUCACGAGUGCGGACUGCGCGUGGUAGAGCGGCGCGUGGAGACCUCAAGUAGCUGCAACUGCAAGUUCCACUGGUGUUGCACCGUCUCGUGCGAUACCUGCACUCAGGUGGUCACCAAAUAUUACUGCGCGCGACGCAACAAGGGCCGCAGGGCAAAGAACGGCACGAGGCGGAGACACCGCACACGGAAACACUGAGCGGACGGACUCUGUGUGAAAAGACUUUAGAGUUCUGUGAACUCGUAAUUAAAUGAAAUAUACUUAAUAUUAUGUAAUUUAUUUUUUAGGCUAUAUUACACAGCUGAACGUUGGCUGAUAUGACAGUCGUGCUUUGAGUGCUGGUUCUCCAGCAGAUCUCGCCUAGAACUCAUUCUGCAAUACUACCUCACGAUGAAACACACACAGAGAGACACACAUUUGACAGGCGUCAGUAAAGCAGACAGGUGUAUUUAUUUAACUCAUUUGCGAAAGUUUCA